AUGGAAAUUGUUGCAGCUGGAGUAAGUAUUGCUAGCUGUCGGCGGGCGGCGGCGGGAGCGGGUUGUGGUGAGCGGAAGGCGUCGGUGGUGGGCGGCAGCAUCUGCUGCUGCGGGCGGGGACAGGAUGGAGGCAGCGUCUGCGGCGGGUGGCUGCAGGGGCCGCGCUUUGGCGGAGGGAGGCGGCGGUGGGUAUCGGAGGCGGGCGGCGGCUGUCCGCCUGUAGGGCCAGCGGUGCGAAGGCGGGCGGCGUCGGCUGCCUGGGUUGAAGGACGAAACCUCCCCCUUACGACGCUGCCCCUCCACCAGCCCACAGGGCUCGUGGCCGCUGCCGCCGACAGAGGCUGCCCACCUCCGUCGACCAACGCCGCCUGCUGCCCUCGCCCACCCACGUCGCCUCUCGUCUCUGCCUCAGCUGCCCACCUGCAGACAGCAGCCUCGGACGCCCCUCAGCGCCCGCCCCCCAGACACCGCCCGUCCCUGCAGCGCCAACAGCUGACGCCAACACCGCCUCCUCAACCAAGCCGCGGGCUCCAAGGCCGCCUCCAUCCGCCAAAGCGCAGCCACCGCCGCAGAGGCUGCCGCCCUUCUGCCCCCACCACCGCCCGCCAGUGCUUUCUCCCGCUGACACCGACGUCGCUGCCUUCGCCAACACUCACCGACGCCCAGCGCCCCCCACUGACAGACGCCCCCAGACUCCUACCGCCGCCAACCGGGGCCCCGUGCCAAGGAACUAGCUCCCUCGCCGCCUUGCAGCAGCCUCUGCUCAUAAUACUUUCGCCAAGGAGAUGUACAGAUGGCCAACAGACAUAAAAAGAUGCUCAGUAUCACUCACCACCUGGGAAAUGCAAGUCUAAACCCUAUGAGAUGUCAUUCACAUCAGCCAGAAUGGCCACCAUCCAAGAGACAAAAAGAACAAGUGCUGGCGAGAAUGUGGAGACAAGGGAACCCUCGGACACUGAUGAUGGGAUGGCAAGUUGAUGUAGCCACCAUGGAAAGCAGAAUGAAGGUUUCUCAGGGAACAACUGUGCUCUCUAUAAUGCUAAGGGAUGAAGGAGGACACUGAAUGGUGGCUUACUAAGAAGGCUAAAUGGAGUUACCUACCUACCUGGUGUGACCCUGGAGAUAGAGAACAGCAGAUGUUUGCAGAAAUGGAUCAAGCAGAACUUUGAUGAGUUGACUUAAGACACACAAAGUUGUUCCCUUUGGAGACCUUGUAGGGAAAACAAAAGUGUCACUAAGAGUGUAAGCCAAACUUACUGGGCUUCCCCACUAAGGAGGGACAGUCCACUAGCAGAUUGUUGUUUUUCCAAGGCAGGGAGGAUGGGUCACAGCGGAAGCCCUGAUUUACAGGCAACCUGCCACGUGCAAAGGGGUGGGAAGGAUGCUCUCACCUGUGGUUAUUCAUGCUCCAGGGUCUCCAUGCUGAGGCCAAUCUCCCCAGCAGUCUGCCCCAACCUAGCCCCCUGACUGCUAGGCAGUUUUGGGGAGCCAGCUGCCUUCCUCAAGCUCUACUAGUGCACAGGCACCCACAGACACACACACUGCCCCAGACUGCACAGUGCUUUAACACACACACAACACCACACACGCAGACAUGGUGCAAGAGCUAACUCACAUGGACACAUGAAGGCGGGGAACGGACAACAAGGCGACCCACUCACCAAUGGGCCAGGAUGCCUCCACGCAGCCGCAGGGACCUACACACCCCCUGGACUCCCGUGCUGACCCGUUGGGUACACAGGAGCACCCCUCCCCUGCAGAUGCACCCUCGCAGCGCCCAUGCCCACAUGCCCAUGGACCUGACACGGAAACCAUUACCUGCAGUCAGAGAAGCUGGCGGGUCUGGAGAGCUCCUGGCUGAGACCAGGUCACCUUCCUGCCUGGGUGAGUGCGUGUACUGCCCAUAGCUUUCCAACGCCCACCUGUACCUUUCAACUUUCCUUCCAGGGCCCAUGCACCACCCCCAAACUCCCUCAUCAAAAAGCCAACGUGGGGGUGGCCACUUACUGUGAGCUGCUGCUGCAAGGAGAAGAGGCCUGCUUGAGGAAGAGGGCACUGGGUCCCUGGCAGGGGGUCGGGGAAUCUGAGGCUGGCGGGAGGAGGUUGCAGUAGAAGGCCGCAGGUCAUUGGUGGUGGAGGUCAAUGACCAGCGGAGCAGGGCAUUGGCAAGCGAUGGGCGGUGUCAGCGGGAGAAGGCCUUGGCAGCGGUGGUGACUGCAAGCAUGGGGGAGGUGUCAACGGAGGCAUCAGCAGGCGGGGACAGGCAGGUGGCUGCACUUUGAUGGAGAGAGGUGGUGGUGGGCACCAGAAGCAGGCGGCGGCCUCAGAGUCCGGCUGCCUUGGUGUCUGCAGCUUGGCUGGCGAGGGCGCGUCAACCACUAGCGUGGCAGUGACAGGUGGUGUCUGGGUGGGGCGGGCGCUGAGGGACGUCUGAGGCUGCUGUCUUCACGUGGGCAGCUGAGGCAGAGGCGAGAGGCGACAUGGAUGGGCUUGUGCAGAAGGCAGUGUUGGUCGGUGGAGACUGUUCACGGUGUGGGUUGGUGGGGGAGGUUUUGGCCUUCAACCCAGGCAGUCUAUGCUGCUCGCUUCCUCACCGCUGGCCCAGAGGCGGGCAGCCCUCACCUGGCCUCCAGCCACCGCCUGUCUCCGUUACCCACGGCGGCCUCCCUCCGCCAAAGCACAGCCCCUGCAUCCACCCGCAGCAGACAUUGCCUCCAGCCUGCCCCCGCUCACAGCCGUCGCCUUUCGCUCACCACCAUCUGCUCCUGCCCCCCGACUGCCGCCACCCAUCUUCGCUGUCCCCCUCACUGCCGACACCGCCCACCGCUGAUGCCCGCCACGUGGGGGAGCGGCCACUUACCAUGAUCAUGUGCUGCUGCUGGGAGAAGGCCUGCGUGGGAAAAAGGCGUCAGGUCCCUGGCGAGGAUGGGCCCCUCGGAGGCUGCGGGAGGUGGCCGGUGGCGGUGGUGGGCAGCACCAGCGGCGUCAGUGGGAGAACGCAUGGGGCGGGUGGCUACAGGCAGCGUUUUGGCGGUGAGAGCGGCAGGCACCUGGUUAAGGCCGCAUCGGCAGGCGUGGGAGGGGGGCGAUGUCUGUGGGUGGGGCAGGCGCUGACAACGUCGGAAGCUGCGGUCUGCAGAUGGGCUGGGAGAGGGAAGUGAGACAACUCUGGGUGGGCGACCCGGCGGGCGGCGACGGGAGUCAGAGGUGGGCAGCUGUGGUGGUGGACUGUGUGGUUUCCUGUGGGAUUGGGGGAUGUGGCAUAAUGGGACGGUGUCGGCCCUCAACCCAUGCCCCAGCUGCAGCAUGCCUCCGCGCCUCAGAGUUGGGUGCCCAUGCCACCCGCAGCCGCAGCUGGUCUCCCAUGUCUACCCGCCGCCUCCCUCCGCACCAGCGCAGCCACUGGCAGCCAGAAGCCGCUUCCCUCCAGUACCCGCCCGUUACCUCCCGCUGACACCCUCCCCACACUCCUGUGUCCCCACCGCCGCCAGCCAAUGAUUUCGCUGACCCGGCCAUCGCUGUCUCCUAAUUCUCUCCCAGGGGCGAGGGCAAGCGAUGUGUGGGCUGGGGGCGCUGGCAGGGUGCGCUGCGUGCCCGGCGUGGAGAGCCGGAAAAGUCUCAGAAGGUAGAGGCGCACAACCGUGGCAGCAACGGUGGCCGGGCAGGUGAGCCGCACGUGUGUGUGCUAAAGCAACUACCCGGUGUGUGGCAGCGACUGCCUACCUGCCUCCACCAACCCACACACAACCUCAGGCUGCUGUGUGCCACCAGCCUGAGGGCCAGAGCACCUGCUAGCAAGGUCCUUCCAUCGUGACCCCCAGGACACCUGGCACAUUAGAAUAUUUAGCAUUAGAAUAAAACUUUUUAGAGGGCAUGGCUGCCUCCAGUACAUGCAACGUACAAGCCCAGAGCAAGUAUAGCCUAUACUGUAGUGUGUGUGUGGUGUAUUUGAGCUGUGAAGUCACUGGAAUCGCAAUCCCUGUCCUCAUCUGGUACAAGGUAAGGAAGAGUUACUAUGGAGUCCAAAGGACACCUCUUGCCUGGUGACGGACAACCUAGCCAGUCAGACUUGGGGUGGCCCAGAAAAGCAGGAAGUCACUGGCUGAGUUCUGGUAUCUCCUCAGUACAGAAGAUGCUGGAGAAUACAAGUGCCAUGCAUCCAGUUCCCAAGGACAGGUUUCAGCACCAGCAAAAAUGAUAGUGGUUAAGGCAUUAUGUGAAACACCACUGAAAAAAAGUGAACAUGCUGAGCUAUAAACCUGCAGAAAAUAUUAGUUUGCAUAGCUAAAAGUAGUCAGGGAGAACAGCCCCUUUCUUGCUUAAUGACCAAUUUCUUUUCAUCCAAUUCACUAGUAUUUUAGUUAUAUUCACUGAUUUUACAUAGAAAAAUACAAAAUAGAGAUUAACACAUCAACUAUAAAACCUUAUUGUGUAUUUACAGAAGAAAAGCAUGCAUAUACUUAGAAUCUUUUACCACACAUGCACCCCCCCACACACAGAAACCAGUCUAGGCUACACUUGCUCUGGGGUUGUAUGUUGCAUGUGUUGGAGGCAGCCAUGCUCUCUAAAAAGUGUGUUUCUAAUGCUAGAACUUGGAGGAAUACAGAGAAGUCUAUAUCCCUACACAAAGUAUUCACCAGAAUACUGGGGAAACUAGAACUAAAUGAUCCAGUUCAAUCAGCAUCCAGGUUUCAACUGUCAGCAGUUUUGGACUCAGGGGGCAAGCCAAAGAGUUUGGGGGACAUUCAAUUGUGAGCUGAGAACUAUUCUGUGGUGCAAGUUUCAACAACAAGGUGUGCACAACAAAGUAAGUACUUGACUCUGCAUGUUAGUAGCAGUUGAGUACUCAUCUGAAGCUGAAGUUUUGCUUCUAAUAAUGUGUCACCUUAACAUUGUUGAGUAUAUCUUGGGUCCUAAAGCUUAUGAUAAUGACAAGAAACUGGAUAAGUUCACAAACCUAGAAGAGAUCAUUCAGGUACUGGAUAAAGAUUCUUCUCUGAACAGUUUACAACUGCUACAUCUAAUUUUCAAAUGGCUGAGUCCAUAUCCCAUUUUAUGGGAGGAAGUUUAUUAUAAAUCUUUCUCCUUGAAGUGGUUUGGUAUUUUACUUUUAAAGAACCAUCUGGAAAUGUUUGUGUUUCCUGUUUAAGCUAUCUCAAAAAAUAAAUGAAAAUUUUUUACUGGGAUUAAACCUGAUGUUUUUCCAUAAUCAAAUGUCUUUUAGGCUAUGUUCUAUUACACAGGUGCCAAAGUAACCAAAAAGCUAAAAUGUAUGUACCUACAAUAAUGUGAUCAGUUUCUCAAACAUUGUAACAUUGCAUACCAAAAAUUCAUCAGUCCAUUACAUGCAAUUAUUAAUGACAAUGUCAAACAUUACAAUUUUUGCAAAAAUAUAAGUGUGCUCUUAUCUCUUCCAUCUCUCAUUUUUUCAGUGUCUUCAUCAUUUUGAAAGGAUCAUGCUUUGAACAAACAGCAGUUAAUGUAGAAACAAGGAACAUCUCAAUUUUCUCACUGCUAACUCAGCUUACUGAGCCAGUUUCACAAUUCUCACAUUCCUGAGUCCUAGGAGAAAAUGCUAGUUUAGAGUGUUAAAAUUGAUGCAGAUUAGAGUGUAAAGGGUAAUUAUAAAUUAGCACAAAAUCCUACAGAGUGUUUUUAGCACCAUUAAUCAACACCCACCUAGGUAUACACUUGUUUAGUGAGAGCUGAGAUUUCAAGGAGUUAAAAAAUAUCUAAAAUAUGCUCUUCUAGUUAAGUAAUAAAAAAUGCAGUUUGUCUUCUAAUCAGGUUUGUGGGUUUUCAAGGAAAAAUACCCAAUAUGUCAUUCAAGCAUAACUUUUAUUUUAUACUACAGAAUUAUUUAAAUCCUAUACUCUCGAGGAGAACAUCUUUUAAACACUUGUGGUUUUUAUAUUUUUUUAUCUUUGUGUCAGUGCUGUUGUGUACCUGUUCUUGUUGAGACUGAUCUGUUUUCUUUCUCCUCCCUUGGUUCUUGUAAAGGCUGCUGCCUGUGGCACCAUGGUUCCCACUUUCAAUACAGGAUGCUGCUGGUGUUCCCUCCUCUUUUGUCUGUCAGACUCCUAGAUUCAAAGAGGCCACUCAGAUGAAUCUGCUCAUGAGCACAGAGGGGUUCUUGGUUCUUCAAGUUUUGCAAGCCUGCUCUAUUAAUUAAAGCCCCUCUGCCUUUUUUUCUCUCCUUCCUGAUGAUGUGAAGUCAGUGGCAGCCUGGAAGGGCAGUAAGCUAAAGGGAGAAGGCAGUCAAAGACAAGCAUCUGUGCUAUAGGUGGUGAGGAAGGUAGUUCCCGCAGAUGCUGAAUGUGAAAGGAGACUCAUGGGUGGUGCAGGGCAGAUAGGACCAGAUUCCUGGGCCCCUGGAUUUAGAGGUGCCUGCAGGGUUGCUGGGAGAGUGGAUCCAUCUGGAGAAGGGGGUUUGUAUGGGUUGCACAGGCUUUGGGGUCUCACUAGCAUUUGGCAUAUGCCAUGGGUGCACUCUUGCAGAGGAAGAGCAUGUGGAGUUAGAGGACAGAGUCUGAGAAGCAGGAACUGUAUAGUUAGAAGCAAAGUCUGGAGACUCUGUUGUCAUAAAAGGUGAGGAAAGUGGUGCUUCAUUAUCAAGAAAGAACUGAAAGCAUCAAACACUCCUGAGGGGUUAGUGAGAUACAUAGAGAAAACAGCACCAUCUGAGACUGUAAAGAGGGCUUCUUCCUGAAGAUGCAGGGCAUAGUGGGCCGAGUACAGUGACCACACACAGGCCUUAACUGCUACCAUUCUACAGGUGGCACAAGUACACAGUUCUGCAGAUCACACGAUGCAGACGAGGAGGCUCCUGCUGGGCUCUGUGAUGCGCCCUAUAACCUCCAGUAUUCUCCUCAUUUCAUAUUUGUCACUUGACUUUCAGAGUCCUGUGCCAUUGAAUUUUGGCUCAACUAGAUGGUAAGCCAUGUCCUGAGCCCAUGUGAUUCACUAGAGUUGACCACUAAGGCUAGAUAUUUAUUAUAAAGUGAUAAACCAUCCUCCCUAAAUCCUCUCUAUAAUUUCCAAAUAGCUAGCAUGGCAAGGCAAUUCCUGUAAAGGAGAACCUCUCCCAGGGUCACUCAUUUUAUUUUUUUUAGCUUUUGUUUAGUAAUUAUACCGCACUCAGGAGUUGGUACUAUUAAGGGAAUUUUUCACUUGUGGGGCACUAUAUAUUUUUCACAGCAUUUACAAACUGUUUUCCUCUAAAAUCAUGGGGUAAAAUAAACUUGUGGGUAAGGAGAAUAAGGAAAAAAAUGGAUAUAUGGAAUAGUACUGUGAAAUACCCAAUGUGUCUAACUUUUUUUUUUCAAAAUCGAUUAUAAGAUAAAUGUACUUUUAAGGCACCCUUCAUACAAAUCACUCUUAAUAAAUUAACAACUUAUACAAAGCCCUGUGAGACUCUGCAGGAAUCCCAUUUACUAAAGGGAAAAUGACGCAUUUAUAUUAACUUACUUCAGGUCACUUAAGAUGUCAGUAAUGUAAAGAAGGAAAUCAGAACAUAUGCCACACACAAGAAUUCUAAUUCCUCCAAGUCUCAAUUUUGUGAUUUUCAAACUCUGUUGUACAGAGGAGUAACAAAUUUAGUUUUCUCAGACUAGGGAAGGUAAGAUUCAUCUUAUUUCUGCUCUGUUGGAAAUAAUGAAACCAAAUUCAGUUUCACAGAAUAUUAUCUGGAAGCAAACUGAGCCCAUUUGCUGUGUAAGGAAGUCUCUUUGCCAGCCGAUGUUCAUAAGAUGAAUAUACAGGUGAAAGAUAAGCAAUUUAUUUUUAUUUCAUACUGAGAAUGGCAAUUUAAACUAUAGUGCAUUUGUCCUUUGAAGGAAAUGCAAAAUAUAGUUCAAAUAUCUUUCUAUUUUUGUCAAUAUAAAAAUAAGUAAUAUAAAUAGUAAUCCAAUUUUGAGCUAUGGGACAAGUGUAGCAAUCACAUAUUUCACAAUGAUGUUAUUAUCAGUAUAUAUAUACACAGGUGAGUUUCAGAAACUACAUUCCAGUCCCACUUACUUUGUGACUUAUACCUGGAGUACCAUUACCCAGAAAAUCAGUCAGGCAUUAAUAGCUAUAAAUGGGAAAUAUACAAGCUGAAAUUCUACAAUGGGCACUGAAUACCACACUCUUAAGUGUAUAAAAGCAAUAAUAAAGAGUGCAAAAAUAUGGAAAUAUUAUUUUCAAGCUGGAAGGAAUCUUUGAAAAAUAUCUAAUCAAAAUCCUUUAUUUCACAUCUAAGUUAUAAAAAAAAAAGAGAAAGAUCCCUGCUAGUGGCUCCCUAUACUUACAAGGGCUCCUAAGUGCCAUGUGUAAAUUUCAACAGAGGACAGCAACUAUGGGAAGCACAGUGAAUCACAUGAAGUAACUCACCCAGAAACACGGGACAAGUAAGUGUUCCAGGAGUGUAAAAAAGAAAAGUCUCUCAAAGUUCUACUGCCUACCUGCCUAUCUAUCAUAUGCCUCUUAACACAAAAAAACUUC